GAGAGAAUAGGAGUGAAGAUGAUGAUGAUCCAGGACGGCCCCAUGCCCACUGGGGUGGACAAACCCCUGAGAAUCACUGGGGAUCCCUACAAGGUCCAGGUGAGUGAAGAGUGUGGCUUCGGUCGACAGCCACAGUGCACACAGACACACACACCUUCAACAAUAAUUAUUUGCAGAAAUCCUACAUUCCAGUGGGUCUUUCUGUUGACGAUUAUUUAGACUUUCUGAUUAGUGAUACAGAUCAUUUUGCACAUUGAAAAAACGCAUUAGGUGGUUACUCUUCAUAGGUCCCGUUAUGGCAUCUCAGUCACUCUGGGAUGUACCGUCAUGUGAAUCCCCUUUUUCUUCUCCCCUUCACAGCAAGCGCGGGAGUUGGUGAUCGAGAUCAUCCGCGACAAAGACCAGGGAGACUUCCACAGUGGCCGCAACGACUUUGCGUCAAGAUUGGGUGGAAGUACUUUGGAUGUAAGAAUACAAUGUGCAGGACGUCCAGUGAAUGUCACAACCCAUUUUGAACACACCCUUAAUGUUUGAGCUCACAUGCUUCAGGCCAAUCCCUCCCUUCAGGUGGCUGUGCCCAGGUUUGCAGUGGGGAUCGUCAUCGGCAGGAGUGGCGAGAUGAUCAAGAAGAUUCAGGGUGAUUCCGGAGUGAGGAUCCAAUUCAAACCAGGUGUGUGUGUUUCUUUUAACGUAUGUCAGAUGUGUCAUAUGGACGAGGGUUUCUUUUCUCUGUAGAGUUGGAAUUAUAUUGGGGGAAUGCAAUAUGCCCUGUCUCUUAUCGUACCAUAAGUAUAUACAGUUGAAGUCGGAAGUUUACAUACGCCUUAGCCAAAUACAUUUAAACUCAGUUUUUCACAAUUCCUGACAUUUAAUACUAGUAAGAAUUCCCUGUCUUAGGUCAGUUAUGAUCACCACUUUAUUUGAAGAAUGUGAAAUGUCAGAAUAAUAGUAUAGAGAAUUAUUUAUUUCAGCUUUUAUUUCUUUCAUUACAUUCCCAGUGGGUCAGAAGUUUACAUACACUCAAUUAGUAUUUGGUAGCAUUGCCUUUAAAUUGUUUAACUUGGGUCAAACGUUUCGGGUAGCCUUCCACAAGCUUCCCACAAUAAGUUGGGUGAAUUUUGGCCCAUUCCUCCUGACAGAGCUGGUGUAACUGAGUCAGGUUUGUAGGCCUCCUUUUUCAGUUCUGCCCACAAGUUUUCUAUAGGAUUGAGGUGAUGGCCACUCCAAUACCUUGACUUUGUUGUCCUUAAGCCAUUUUGCCACAACUUUGGAAGUAUGCAUGGGGUCAUUGUCCAUUUCGAAGACUCAUUUGCGACCAAGCUUUAACUUCCUGACUGAUGUCUUGAGAUGUUGCUUCAAUAUAUCCACAUAAUUUUCCUUCCUCAUGAUGCCAAUUUUCCUUCCUCAAGUGCACCAGUCCCUCCUGCAGCAAAGCACCCCCACAGCAUGAUGCAGCCACCCCCGUCCUUCACAGUUGGGAUGGUGUUCUUCAGCUUGCAAGCCUUACCCUUUUUCCUCCAAACAUAACGAUGGUCAUAAUGGCCAAACAGUUCUAUUUUUGUUUCAUCAGACCAGAGGACAUUUCUCCAAAAAGUACGAUCUUUGUCCCCAUGUGCAGUUGCAUACCGUGGUCUGGCUUUUUUAUGGCGGUUUUGGAGCAGUGGCUUCUUCCUUGCUGAGCGGCCUUUCAGGUUAUGUCGAUAUAGGACUUGUUUUACUGUGGAUAUAGGUACUUUUGUACCUGUUUCCUCCAGCAUCUUCACAAGGUCCUUUGCUGUUGUUCUGAGAUUGAUCUGCUCCCAAUGAUGAACCAGACUUGUGGAUGUCUACAAUUCUUUUUCUUAGGUCUUGGCUGAUUUCUUUUGAUUUUCCCAUGAUGUCAAGCAAAGAGGCACAGAGUUUGAAGGUAUGCCUUGAAAUACAUCCACAGGUACACCUCCAAUUGACUCAAAUGAUGUCAAUUAGCCUAUCAGAAGCUUCUAAAGCAAUGACAUAAUUUUCUGGAAUUUUCCAAGCUGUUUAAAGGCAUAGUCAACUUAGUGUAUGUAAACUUCUGACCCUCUGGAAUUGUGAUACAGUGAAUUAUAAGUGAAAUAAUCUGUCUGUAAAAAAUGGUUGGAAAAAUUACUUGUGUCAUGCACAAAGUAGAUGUCCUAACCGACUUGCUAAAACUAUAGUUUGUUAACAAUACAUUUGUGUAGUGGUUGAAAAACAAGUUUUAAUGACUCCAACCUAAGUGUAUGCAAACUUCUGACUUCAACUGUAUGUGACCGACUGGCUCAAAUCGGUCUGAUGUAGCAGAAUUUGAAAUUCUGAUUUUUACAUUGGAUAAAAGUAGAGACUCAGAGCUACAAAAUGGUAUAUCAUACACUACGUUUGAGUAACAAUGGGAAAGUACAUUUUCUUUGAAAGUUGAUAAACUUGUAAACUCACCUUUGAGAAAAUGGCCUUUGAAUCUUUUGGUACUACUACUGGAGAGCCCUUCUUUGUGUACACCCAUUCAGCAUUGUUCACACCCUCUUAAGCUUUAGCCCCACCCAUGUCUUUAUGGGUUGAUCCUAGCGUUCUGUACUAACAACAGUAGUCAAGCACUCAAGCUAACUUGCUCACUGAACAUUACUCGCCCAAGCAGAGCUGGUUAGGCUGUUAUGUUAUCCAGAGCGUUGGUGACUGCAAAUGGCUCUGAGAUACGAAUAAUAAGGUCAUACACGUAACGUUAGCUAGCGAGCCAGCCAGCUAACGUUAGCUAGCUAGCUAGGUAAACAAUGAAUCAUAAUCACAACUCAUGACGUUACUACCUUGCAUGAAUCUGCAGGUAGCUAACCAACCAUGUUCAAUGUUAGCUAGCUAACAUUAGGCUGUAGCUAGCCAAGCAAAUGGCUCUUUCUGUCAAAAUUAGAAACGUAUAAUAUCUGAAAAUGUAGCUAGCUAGACUAUCUUACCCGUAUACAUCAUUCAUGGAUGGACGCGUCUCCUGUCGGAUGCCAUGGUUGCCCUUAGUUUGAAGAUGUAAUCCGGAGACGUGUUUUCUCCAUCUCUUUAGCUAUCAUACUCGAAUUCUACUGAUUUCAAAACUUGGUCCUCCAGAAAGUGGAGAGCAACACUUAUGCAGUUUUAAUACACGAUACAUAAAAAACAAAAAAACAUGUUAGACAGGAUUACCUAAACAUACUGACCAGCUCAAAUAGACAGAAGCGUGCUAUAUGGCAGACCAAUCCAAACUCAUCUCUCAGCAUGUCCAGCCUACUCAUUAUCUAAGCCAAUCAUGGCUAGCGGGAAGGUUGCUGUCUUUUUCUUUGGCUAAACCAACUAAGCUCGUAAUUUAACAAUUGUAUUUGUAUUUCCAGAUGGAAUACAAGUUUGUUAUUAAGGAACAUGAAAGUUCACAUGUUCGAGAAGGCAUUUCUGCCAAAAAGCGCAUUUAAAACGGCUCUCCUGUGAAGUAGUGACCCGCGACAUAAGCCUAGUUUCCUGGAAUGGGUCACAUAUGUGCUUCUGUGUGUUGGUGUAUGGCUGUAUCUGCUGUCAGUCACCACUGUUAGCUUAGUGUUGACUUGCCUUCCCUGACCCUGCUCCCUCCUCCCACCACCAGAUGAUGGCAUCAGCCCAGAGCGCAUCGCCCAAGUGAUGGGACAACCAGACAGAUGUCAGCACGCUGUCCAUCUCAUCAACGAGCUCAUCCAAACAGCCCAGGUACACAAACACACACACAGAGACAGAAAUAACGAAUACCUCCCAAGUAAACACUCAGAGCAAGGAACACACACACACUGCACAGAACACACACAUUCCACACAAGUAGCGUGCACACACAAACGCAUCACAGCUAGCAAACACACACACUCGGUACAGAACACAAACCUCAUGUGCCAAGCAAGCACACGUACCACUUGUGAUACUUAUUUCCCAGUCAAUUUAUUUCCCACCAAGCUGCCUCUUGACCAAUGGUUGCGUCCCAAUGGCACCCUAUUUCCCACAUAGUGCACUAUGUAGGGAAUAGGAUGCCAUUUGGGACUCGGCCUAUGGCGCUGGAGUCUCCCGGCGUGUAUUGCUUAGAUCUGCAAAUAAAAACUGCAACUCCUAGUAAAAGACAGUUUACAGAUACAGUACCAGUCAAAAGUUUGGACACACCUACUCAUUCUAUGGUUUUUCUUUAUUUUUACUAUUUUCUACAUUGUAGAAUAAUAGUGAAGACAUCAAAACUGUGAAAUAACAGAUAUGGAAUCAUGUAGUAACCAAAAAAGUGUUAAACCAAAUCAAAUCAAAUGUUAUUUGUCACAUGUGCCGAAUACAACAGGUGUAGACAUUACAGUGAAAUGCUUACUUACAAGCCCUUAACCAACAAUGCAGUUUCAUCAAAAAACAUUUGUUUAAGUGUUAAGUAAAAAAUAGAUAAGUAAAAAAUAAAAGCAAAUAACUAAAGAGCAGCAGUAAAAUAAAAUAACAGUAGGGAGGAUAUAUACAGGGGGGUACCGGUACAGAGUCAAUGUGUGGGGGCACCGUCUAAUCGAGGUAAUUGAGGUAAUAUGUACAUUGAGGGGGAAAAAGUAUUUGAUCCCCUGCUGAUUUUGUACGUUUGCCCACUGACAAAGACUCACUGAGAACCUCACCGUUCUCACGAUCAUUGCAACUCUACGAGGUGAGAUCUUGCAUGGAGCCCCAGGCCGAGGGAGAUUGACAGUUCUUUUGUGUUUCUUCCAUUUACGAAUAAUUGCACCAACUGUUGUCACCUUCUCACCAAGCUGCUUGGCGAUGGUCUUGUAGCCUAUUCCAGCCUUUUGUAGGUCUACAAUCUUGUCCCUGACAUCCUUGGAGAGCUCUUUGGUCUUGGCCAUGGUGUAGAUUUUGGAAUCUGAUUGAUUGAUUGCCCACACACCAUAACACCUGCUCCAUGCUUUACGGUGGGAAAUACUCAUGCGGCGAUCAUCCGUUCACCCACACCGCGUCUCACAAAGACACGGCGGUUGGAACCAAAAAUCUCAAAUUUGGACUCCAGACCAAAGGACAAAUUUCCACUGGUCUAAUGUCCAUUGCUCGUGUUUCUUGGCCCAAGCAAGUCUCUUCAGUAUCCUUUAGUAGUGGUAAUGGAGGAGGAGGUGUGAUGGUGUGGGGGUCCUUUGCUGGUGACACUGUCUGGGAUUUAUUUAGAAUUCAAGGCACACUUAACCAGCAUGGCUACCACAGCAUUCUGCAGCGAUACGCCAUCCCAUCUGGUUUGCGCUUAGUGGGACUAUAAUUUUUUUUUCAGCAGGACAAUGACCCAAAACACACCUCCAGGCUGUGUAAGGGCUAUUUGACCAAGGAGAGUGAUGGAGUGAUGUAUCAGAUGACCUGGACUCCACAAUCACACGAAAUCAACCCAAUUGAGAUGGUUUGGGAUGAGUUGGACAGCACAGUGAAGGAAAAGCAGCCAGCAAGUGGUCAGCAUAUGUGGGAACUCCUUCAAGACUUGGAAAAGCAUCCCUCAUGAAGCUGGUUGAGAGAAUGCCAAGAGUGUGCAAAGCUGUCAUCAAGGCAAAGGGUGGCUACUUUGAAGAAUCUCAAAUAUAUAAUAUAUUUUGAUUUGUUUAACACUUUUUUGGUUACUACAUGAUUCCAUAUGUGUUAUUUCAUAGUUUUGAUGUCUAUUAUUCUACAAUGUAAAAAUAAAGAAAAACCCUUGAAUGAGUAGGUGUGUCCAAACUUUCGACUGGUAGUGUAUGUCAUUCCUUUGGUUGACUUUGUAGGCGCAGACGAUAUCAGGGUUUAUACGAUAUUGUAUCACAUUUAUUAGAAUAUUUGCUUUGUAAUGUCAUAUCAGUAGGACAUUGUCAAUAAAUGCCGCUCCAUGCUUGGGUUAAGCACACAGAGUAUACUAUCUGUACUAGCUGGUGAGUGUCUACUCUUUGCUGUAUUUAAAUGUUUUAAUUUAAUGUUGUAUCAUUAUGUAUCACUGCACUCUAUUCUCAUUGUAUUUAUUGUCUGUAAUUGUCUUGAUUUGUCCAUUUGUCUAUGCUUGAUGAUUUGUUUUAAUGUAUGCCACAAACAAAAUUUCCCCAUGGGGAUAAUAACGUCAUUAUCUUAUGUUUAAUUGGAGCAGGAGCGUGAUGACUUUGGGAGCUCUGGAGGACCAAGAGGAAGGGGACGAGGCCACUGGGGCAUGGGCUCACCAGGGGGGCUGCAGGAGGUCACCUACACGAUACCUGCAGACAAGUGUGGUCUGGUGAUCGGCAAAGGUAAGGCGACUCAGUUCUACGCACAAAGCAGCGUAGAACCUCAGAGCUACAAACACAAGUGUACAGUGCAUUUUGAAAGUAUUCAGACCCCUUGACUUUUUCCACAUUUUGUUACGUUACAGCCUUAUUCUAAAAUGGAUGAAAUUGUUUUUUCCCCUCAUCAAUCUACACACAAUACCCCAUAAUGACAAAGCAAAAACUGAUUUUUAUAACGGAAAUUUAAAUAAGUAGUCAGACCCUUUACUCAGUACUUUGUUGAAGCACCUUUAGCAGAGAUUACAGCCUUGUGUCUUCUUGGGUAUGACGCUACAAGCUUGGCACACCUGUAUUUGGGGAGUUUCUCCCAUUCUUCUCUGCAGAUCCUCUCAAGCUCUGUCAGGUUGGAUGGGGAGUGUCGCUGCACAGCGAUUGUCAGGUCUCUUCAGAGAUGUUCAAUUGGGUUCAAGUCCGGGCUCUGGCUGGGCCACUCAAGGACAUUCAGAGACUUGUCCCGAAGCCACUCCUGCGUUGUCUUGGCUGUGUGCUUAGGGUCAUUGUCCUGUUGAGAAGUGAACCUUCUGAGCGCUCUGGAACAGGUUUUCAUCAAGGAUCUCACUUUACUUUGCUCCAUUAAUCUUUCCCUCGAUCCUGACUAGUCUCCCAGUCCCUGCCGCUGAAAAACAUCCCCACAGCAUGAUGCUGCCACCACCAUGCUUCACCGUAGGCAUGGUGCCAGGUUUCCUCUCAAUGUGACGCUUAGCCUUCAGGCCAAAGAGUUCAAUCUUGGUUUCAUCAGACCAGAGAAUCUUGUUUCUCAUGGUCUGAGAGUCUUUUAGGUGCCUUUUGGCAAACUCCAAGCGGGCUGUCAUGUGCCUUUUACUGAGGAGUGGCUCCCAUCUGGCCACUCUACCAUAAACGCCUAAUUCGUGUAGUGCUGCAGAGAUGGCUGUCUUUCUGGAAGGUUCUUCAUCUCCACAGAGGAACUCUGGAGCUCUGUCAGAGUGGCAAUCGGGUUCUUGUUCACCUCCCUGACCAAGGCCCUUCUCCCCCGAUUGCUCAGUUUGGCUGGGCGGCCAGCUCUAGGAAGAAUCUUGGUGGUUCCAAACUUCUUCCAUUUAAGAAUGAUGGAAGCCACUGUGUUCUUGGGGACAUUCAAUGCUGCAUUUUUUGGUACCCUUCCCCAGAUCUGUGCCUCGGAGCGCUACGGACAAUUCCUUCGACCUUAUGGCUUGGUUUUUGGUCUAACAUGCACUGUCAACUGUGGGACCUUACAUAGACAGGUGUGUGCCUUUCCAAUCAUGUCCAAUUAAUUGAAUUUACCACAGGUGGACUCCAAUCAAGUUGUAGAAACAUCUCAAGGAUGAUCAAUGGAAACAGGAUGCACCUGAGCUCAAUUUCGAGUGUCAUAGCAAAGGGUCUGAAUACUUAUGUAAAUAAGGUAUUUCUGUUUUUUAUUUUUAAUAAAUUUGCAAAAAUUAAUAAAAAACUGUUUUUGCUUUGUCAUUAUGGGGUAUUGUGUGUAGAUAGAUAAGGCGAAAAAAUUAUGUUGUCCAUUUUAGAAUAAGGGUGUAACAUAACAAAAUGUGGAAAAAGUCAAGGAGUCUGAAAUACAUUUGCAUAAAUUAACCCACCAACAGUAACUCUUGAACCGUUCAAGCUAGAGACACCAAAUCCUAACUUAAAGUUCUUAAAAACUUUGAUCAACUAUAACUAUACUUAAUAUAAACGCAACAUGCAAGAAUAUCAACGAUUUUACUGAGUUACAGUUCAUAUAAGGAAGUCAGUAAAUUUAAAUAAAUUCAUUAGGCCCUAAUCUAUGGAUUUCACAUGACUGGGCAGGGGUGCAGCCAUGGGUGGGCCUGGGAAGUUAUUGGCCCACUGGGGAGCCAGGCUCCCUCACCAAUUGCACGCUCCCUCAAAACUUGAGACAUCUGUGGCAUUGUGUUGUGUGACAAAACUGCACAUUUUAGAGGGGCAUUUUAUUGUCCCCAGCACAAGGUGCACCUGUGUAAUGAUCAUGCUGUUUAAUCAGCUUCUUGAUAUGACACACCUGUCAGGUGGAUGGAUUAUCUUGGCAAAGGAGAAAUACUCACUAACAGGGAUGUGAACAAAUGUGUGCACAACAUUUUAGAUAAGCGUUUUGUUCUUAUGGAACAUUUCUGGGAUUUUUUAUUUCAGCUCAUGAAACAUGGGACCAACACUUUACAUGUUGCGUUUAUAUUUUUGUUCAGUAUAAUACAUUUUCAUUAAAUAACCCACCAACAGUAACUCUUGACCCGUUCAAGCUAGAGACACCAAACCAACUUUCAUAUGUUCAGGCUAUCCUAACAAUCAAUCAAUCCUUCACAAGCUAGCAUGCACACCACAUUCUCUUCAGGAAAUAUACUUUUCUAGUUAUGUUAAUAAUCCCUUUCGCAAUGUGCAUAUUUGUUUUUCAUCGGAUUUCUUAUAAUGAAAGUCACUAAGUUUCUCGAAUGUGCCAGAAGCACCUGGGUGGCCUUGGAGUCUCUCUCUCCCUUUGUCUCUCACCCUCUCCCCCUGCACUCGUGUAUAUAUAUGGCUUUUAAAAGUCCCAUUCUGUGCCUACGUAAAGUGCUUAAUGAGGGGAAUAAUGCAUGUAAAGUAAUGUGACAUUAAUUGUUUGAGUCUCAUAAUAACAGCCCUCAAUCAUCUGGAAGAUUGCCUCUGUCCUUCUAAUGAGAGCCGUUUUCCAGGCAAUGGACUCGAAUGAGGGAAUGACGGUGUCGAAUUAGCUUAUUUGCUAUUCAUGCUCACUCUAUUGCCUGCUAUUUAAAAGUCAUUGACCAUUUAGCGAUUUGUCGAGCCGCGAGUGUGCAAGCCGCGGCGGGGGUAUUUGUGUUUAGGGUGGGUCGGUUGAAGGGGGGGGGCUUCACCUAUAAUAAAGAACUGAGCAAUAGAAAUGUCAAGUGCCUUCUGUGCAGAGGUGAAUGGGACAAAUAAACCUGGUUGCAGAGGGCCCCAUCCUGGCAUUACCAUAAGAAACGGCCAAUAUGGAUGGAAGGCAGCCGGUCUGGGCCCUGUCACGACACCCUUUUCGCCACAGUGAUUAAUGUCUUUACGAUGCCACAUGCAGCCAGUGCCUCUACUCACCCCUCUGUCAGACCUACAUCCCCCACAAACCCCUGAAUUCCACCCCAACCCUAGUGAGAAGAAGGGGACAACCAAAGCAACUAGCCAUGUUCCUUCCUAGCCCCAUGGUGUAAUAUAUGGCCAUGGCGAUGGAACAAUACUGUACGUAAUUCCUCAAAAUGGUGCAUAGAUUGUUAGUCAGAGAAAUAUAUAUAUAUAUAUACACACAGUUGAAGUCAGAAGUUUACAUACACCUUAGCCAAAAAGUUUGGACACAUCUACUCAUUCAAGGGUUUUUCUUUAUUUUUACUAUUUUCUACAUUGUAGAAUAAUAGUGAAGCCCACAAAACUAUGAAAUAACACAUAUGGAAUCAUGUAGUAAGCAAAAAAGUGUUAAACAAAUCGAAAAAUAUUUUAUAGUUGACAUUCUUCAAAUAGCCACCCUUUGCCUUGAUGACUGCUUUGCAGACUCUUGGCAUUCUCUCAACCAGCUUCACCUGGAAUGCUUUUCCAACAGUCUUGAAGGACUUCCCACAUAUGCUGAGCACUUGUUUGCUGCUUUUCCUUCACUCUGCGGUCCAACUCAUCCCAAACCAUCUCAAUUGGGUUGAGGUCGGGAUUGUGGAGGACAGGUCAUCUGAUGCAGCACUCCAUCACUCUCCUUCUUGGUAAAAUAGCCCUUACACAGCCUGGAGGUGUGUUGGGUCAUUGUCCUGUUGAAAAACAAAUGAUAGUCUCACUAAGCCCAAACCAGAUGCGAUGGCGUAUCGCUGCAGAAUGCUGUGGUAGCCAUGCUCGUUAAGUGUGCCUUAAAUUCUAAAUAAAUCACAGACAGUGUCACCAGCAAAGCACCCCCACACCAUAACACCACCUCCUCGAUGCUUUACAGUGGGAACUACACAUGCGGAGAUCAUCCGUUCACCCACACCGCAUCUCACAAAGACACUGUGGUUAGAACCAAAAAUCUCCAAUUUGGACUCCAGACCAAAGGACAAAUUUCCACCGGUCUACUGUCCAUUGCUCGUGUUUCUUGGCCCAAGCAGGUCUCUUCUUCUUAAUGGUGUCCUUUAGUAGUGGUUUCUUUGCAGACAUUCGACCAUGAAGGCCUGAUUCACACGGUCUCCUCUGAACAGUUGAUGUUGACGUGUCUGUUACUUGAACUCUGUGAAGCAUUUAUUUGGGCUGCAAUUUCUGAGGCUUGAACUUAUCCUCUGCAGCAGAGGUAACUCUGGGUCUUCCAUUCCUGUGUGCGGUCCUCAUGAGAGCCAGUUUCAUCAUAGCGCUUGAUGGUUUUUGCAACUGCACUUGAAGAAACUUUAAAAGUUCUUGAAAUGUUCCAUAUUGACUGACCUUCAUGUCUUAAAGUAAUGAUGUCGUUUCUCUUUGCUUAUUUGAGCUGUUCUUGCCGUAAUAUGGACUUAUCUUCUGUAUACCCCCCUACCUUGUCACAACACAACUGAUUGGCUCAAACGCAUUAAGAAGGAAAGAAAUUCCACAAAUUAACUUUUGAGUAAGCACAUCUGUUAAUUGAAAUGCAUUCCAGGUGACUACCUCAUGAAGCUGGUUGAGAGAAUGCCAAGUGUGCAAAGCUGUCAUCAAGGCAAAGGGUGGCUAUUUGAAGAAUCUUAAAUAUAAAGUAUAUUUUGAUUUGUUUAACACUUUUUUGCUUACUACAUGAUUCCAUAUGUGUUAUUUCAUAGUUUUGAUGUCUUUACUAUAAUUCUACAAUGUAAAUAUAAAGAAAAACCCUUGAAUGAGUAGGUGUGUCCAAUUUUUCGACUGGUACUGUAUAUAUAUAACUAGUAUUUUCUUAUCAUUGACUUAGGAAGUACCUACAAGGUGGCAAUUGUUAAUUCAUAACAGUGUUCUGCCCUCCGCUACAUGUACCACUGAAUGCUAGCAGCAGGUAUCUCAAAUGUUAGGAAAUGGAUGCAAGUGUUUUGCACAACAAUAUUGAUAGGAGACAUACAGUUGAAGUCGUAAGUUUACAUACACUUAGGUUGGAGUCAUUAAAACUCGUUGUUCAACCACUCCACAAGUUUUUUUGUUAACAAAUUAUAAUUUUGGCAAGUCUGUUAGGACAUCUACUUCCACAAGUCUGGUUCAUCCUUGGGAGCAAUUUCCAAACGCCUGAAGGUACCACGUUCAUCUGAACAAACAAUAGUACGCAAGUAUGAACACCAUGGGACCACGCAGCCGUCAUACCGCUCAGGAAGGAGACGCGUUCUGUCUCCAAAAGAAUAACGUACUUUGGUGCGAAAGGUGCAAAUCAAUCCCAGAACAACAGCAACGGACCUUGUGACGAUGCUGGAAGAAACAGGUACAAAAACAUCUAUAUCCACAAUAAAACGAGUCCUAUAUCAACAUAACCUGAAAGGCCGUUCAGCAAGGAAGAAGCCACUGCUCCAAAACCGCCAUAAAAAAGCCAGACUACGGUUUGCAACUGCACAUGGGGACAAAGAUCGUACUUUUUGGAGAAAUGUCCUCUGGUCUGAUGAAACAAAAAUAGAACUGUUUGGCCAUAAUGACCAUCGUUAUGUUUGGAGGAAAAGGGGGGAUGCUUGCAAGCAGAAGAACACCAUCCCAACCGUGAAGCACGGGGAUGGCAGCAUCAUGCUGUGGGGGUGCUUUGCUGCAGGAGGGACUGGUGCACUUCACAAAAUAGAUGGCAUCAUGAGGAAGGAAAAUUAUGUGGAUAUAUUGAAGCAACAUCUCAAGACAUCAGUCAGGAAGUUAAAUCUUGGUCGCAAAUGGCUCUUCCAAAUGGACAAUGACCCCAAGCAUACUUCCAAAGUUGUGGCAAAAUGGCUUAAGGGCAACAAAGUCAAGAUAUUGGAGUGGCCAUCACAAACCCCUGACCUCAAUCCUAUAAAAAAUGUGUGGGCAGAACUGAAAAAGCGUGUGCGAGCAAGGAGGCCUUCAAACCUGACUCAGUUACACCAGCUCUGUCAGGAGGAAUGGGCCAAAAUUCACCCAACUUAUUGUGGGAGCCUUGUGGAAGGCCACCCGAAACGUUUGACCCAAGUUAAACAAUUUAAAAGCAAUGCUACCAAGUACUAAUUAAGUGUAUGUAAACUUCUGACCCACUGGGAAUGUGAUGAAAGAAAUAAAAGCUAAAAUAUAUCAUUCUCUCUACUAUUAUUCUGACAUUUCACAUUCUUAAAAUAAAGUGGUGAUCCUAACUGACCUAAGACAGGGAAUUUUUACUAGGAUUAAAUGUCAGGAAUUGUGAAAAACUGAGUUUAAAUGUAUUUGGCUAAGGUGUAUGUAAACUUCCGACUUCAACUGUACAUGAUAAGGACCUACCUACACUGUUUACUCAAUUCUUCAGAAAUGCUAGUUUAUCCAACAACUUGAUUGACUUUCAAAAUGCAUUCGUACAACUCUGGCUCUAAACCAUUCAUAAAUUCAUUUCCAACCUAUAUGGACAUGUGAAAUUUCACUGCACAGAUUAAAGGUACAUUAAAGCUACGCGUCGGAACAACAGGUGCAGUUAACAACACCCGUGGCACACGCAAACGUACAGGUCGGACGACAAAAUUCUGUGGGGUAGACUCCUCCAAACUCUUAUUCACAUAUACGAGAUGGUACUUAGUGGUCCUGCGUCUCCCCCAUAUAAAUGAAUGUUAAGUCCAAAUCCCCCCUCUCUGUCUCUGGCAACCUGAACCGGCAGCAUCAUUGAGAGGGCCUUAUUAUCUCCACUAACCAUGGCCCACUCCUUGGCACUGAAUAGUCAGUGUCUUUAUUCCUCUCUCUUUCUGACUGGAGACCUCAUAAUGGCUUCAUUAAUGCAGAAGUUUCAUUUGGUUGACAAUGGGUUAAUGGCCCCGGGGUAGUCUAUUGGCAGCAGGAGGAGGACUCUUUUCUCCGGCUUUUUCAGCCCGGGUUCAAGCAGGGUCGACAACGUGUCACCCAAAAGUGAACAAACAUGUAAUUGAUGUUCGGACAUCAGCGGUCCCUACUCGAGAAGCCAGCCUGCUCUUUUGAGUCGAGGUGGAAGGAACGGGUGGCCGUCCGGGGUCUUUGAGAGGACUUGGCACAGGGGGGAACUGAUUUCUGAAUGCCUGCCCUGCUCGCUUCAAAAGAGCCACAGACUGCGAAACCCCCAAAAAAAGGGGAUACGGUUUAAUAUUUAAUGGUUCUGUUUGGCCUGAAAUGUAAUUGCUCCCCACAAACAGAAGUCGAGCUGCAGACAGCACAUAGACUGGUGGCACUCAUCAGACCCCCUUUAUGUCGGGUCGGUGGGAACUGCCAUCUAUUUUUGUCGCACAUUGUCACGGAUGUAAAGGAAAAUUGAGACGUGGAGAGGUGCAUACUUUUUUUGCUUUCUUUUUUAGUUAAUAAGCGUACAACAUUCCCUUAUACUUCAAAUACACCUUCUUACAAACUCCAGAGCUCUCGGCCAUUGAGUUAUAAUAUUACAAAUGCACCUUUUUAUAUGUAGUGUGUAUAAAUGCAGGUGUUGAUCAAUUUAGCAUCAAAAGAUGUAAAGGGUUAUCCGAUAUCGUUUUGCGCCGCUAAUGACUAAAUCAUUCCAGACUGUGCUAUUUUUGUACUUAUUUGUGAUAUUAUAGUUGCUCAUUAAAAAUAAUGUUAUGGUGAAAAAAUAAUGACUUGUUAAUUAAUUUAGUUAAACUGCACGAUUUGGAUUUCAAAUGGAGAAUAAUCUUGCACAUCACGAUAUCUUAGCCAUAUAUUGUUGAGGUCAAAUAUUGCCAAUUCCCGACAUUAUCAUAUAUCGGCCCAACACUAUUGCAUCCAAAACAGCAAGGGCGCUGUCAAAUGAUGACAAAGGAUGUGUUAUUCCCCGCCGUCAGUGGUCUCAUGUGGUGUGAUGUUGUGUGGUGUUUGUCCAGGCGGAGAUACCAUCAAGAGCAUCAACCAGCAGUCUGGAGCCCACGUGGAGCUGCAGAGGAACCCCCCUCCCAACACCGACCCCAAUGUUCGCGUCUUCUCCAUCAGAGGCACCCCGCAACAGAUGGAGGUAGCAUGCCAGCUCAUCGACGACAAGAUCGGAGUAAGUAGUUGUGUUUGAAAAAGUUCCCCCAAGUCAAGUGCCUUUAAGUCCGAAGACUAAUUAUUGAUGAGUCAACAGGACUACCUAUUGCAUGACGACUUAAACUGAAUUCUUCCACUGCUCUAUAUUCGCUACAUACUUCAGUCUGAGACGGCCAUCUUUGAAGUCGUUUGUGGAGACGUCAAAAUGAGGGGUGUUAUACAAAACAAAGUCAUCAGCGAUUGGAUCAUUUCUAACCAUUCAGAUUAUCAAAGCCAAUGGCGAAUUUUCACAACGCCGCUUUGUGUUCUUUUUUUAUUGUUAUUAUUAUUUUAUCUUUUUUGGGGGGUGGAUCAGCUUAAUAUUGCAGAUAGAUUGUAACUUCCAUCAAUGUAAUUGUCUGCAUCACUUCCAAUCCCCCAUAUGUUUUUAUUUAUUUAUAUAUAUAUAUAUUACUUUCCAACCCCGCCACCCUUUCCCCACUUGGAGUAAACUAGUGAACAACAAUGCCUAGGCCUCUACUUCCAGCCCAUACCCACUAUCUACAUUUUAUGGACACAGUCAAUUUUACAAUAAUUACAUUUUGUUUGUUCUUUCUCCUGAACUUCUUCUAUGUCCAUCCGGUUUGCUUCUAUAUGCCAUAUCUUUCUAACUGUGCUCCUUCACAAAAGCUCCCAACCUACAACCCAUACACUUAUUAUGGACACAGCGUGCCUAUAUUAUUAGUUAUCUUGUUAUUGUUUGUUUUUAGUUGUUAUUAGUCCCAUCCUUCAAUUCCAUUCCGCUUUGUGUUCUUGCUCUGGCCCAACCCAUCGGUUUCUGGGACCAAUCAUUCUGGAAGUACUUAGAUCCAGACUCAUUGCGGAGAAGAAACUAACGUCCGUGGGCGUGGCGUAGCGUUUGGCCGGAGCAACGCGUUUGGGUAGCUAGGCAAGGCUACCUAGGCAAAUUGCUUGCAAUUUUUACAAUUUUUCAUUAUUAACAGUUAGUCGACUAAAUAAAUACCACCAUGAUUGAAAUUAAUUCAACCUGUCGUUAUUUGCUCUAGUUAACACUGUUGAAUGUCUGUUUUUUUCAGGGCUCAGGAAUAGUGAGCAAUGGUAGUUUUGGGUUUAGCCCUUACACUCAAAGCCCUGCAACUCAUCAAAAGUAAGUCACACUUUCUGUUCGACCCUGUUGUUUUUUGUCUACUAUAUGCAUUUUCUUUGUGUUGCUGUAGUUCUGUCUGCUCUCUGUCUUGAUCAGUUGUGGCAGUGGAGCCCAGACUUUAAUGACAGGGGGAUGGGGGACUGCCUAUCAAACAUGGCAGCCUCAAGGCCAGCAAGACCACAGUAAGUCACCUUAGCGCUACAGCUUGUCUUAAGCACAGCUCGUAAACAUUUGGCAACCUUGUCAUUUGCAGUCUUGUAUUUUGCAAUUAACAUAAACUCUGCUAGCCUGGUGGAACCAGCCUGAUCUCUGUGUUCACAACUGAAACAGAAUGGUCAACACAACGAUCAAGCUGGUUGUACUUGGCUAAAACUCUGCAGCAAUAUCUUAAUAUUGAUAUUUCCUCAGCUUAAACAUUGUUUUGAAACAAUUUUACACUGUGUUUACAGUGCAUUCGGAAAGUAUUCAGACCCCUUCCCUUUUUCCACAUUUUGUUACAGCCUUAUUCUAAAAUUGAUUAAAUAAAACAUUUUCUCAUCAAUCUACACACAAUACUGGUUUUUAGACAUUUUUGUAAAUUAAUAAUAAUAAAAUUAAAAUAAACUUAUUUACAUAAGUAUUCAGACCCUUUGCUAUGAGACUCGAAAUUGAGCUCAGGUGCAUCCUGUUUCCAUUGAUCAUCCUUGAGAUGUUUCUACAACUUGAUUGGAGUCCACCUGUGGUAAAUUCAAUUGAUUGGACAUGAUUUGGAAAGGCACACACUUGUCUAUAUAAAGUCCCACAGUUGACAGUGCAUGUCAGAGCAAAAACCGAGCCAUGAGGUCGAAGGAAUUGUCCGUAGAGCUCCGAGACAGGAUUAUGUCGAGGCACAGAUCUGGGGAAGGGUACCAAAGAAUGUCUGCAGCAUCGAAGGUCCCCAAGAACACAGUGGCCUCCAUUCUUAAAUGGAAGAAGUUUGGAACCACCAAGACUCUUCCUAGAGCUGGCCACUCGGCCAAACUAAGCAAUCAUGGAAGAAGGGCCUUGGUCAGGGAGGUGACCAAGAACCUGAUUGUCACUCUGACAGAGCUCCAGAGUUCCUCUGUGGAGAUGGAAGAACCUUCCAGAAGGACAGUCAUCUCUGUAGCACUCCACCAAUCAAGACUUUAUGGUAGAGUGGCCAGACGGAAGCCACUCCUCAGUAAAAGGCACAUGACAGCCCGCUUGGAGUUUGCCAAAAGGCACCUAAAGGACUCAGACCAUGAGAAACAAGAUUCUCUGGUCUGAUGAAACCAAGAUGGAACUCUUUCGCCUGAAUGCCAAGCGUCACGUCUGGAGGAAACCUGGCACCAUCCCUACGGUGAAGCAUGGUGGUGGCAGCAUCAUGUUGUGGGGAUGUUUUUCAGCGGCAGGGACUGGGAGACUAGUCAAGGGAAAGAUGAACAGAGCAAAGUAUUGAGAGACCCUUGAUGAAAACCUUCUCCAGAGCGCUCAGAACCUCAGACUGGGGCGAAGGUUCACCUUUCAAUAGGGCAACAACCCUAAGCACACAGCCAAGACAACGCAGGAGUAGCUUCGGGACAAGUCUCUGAAUGUCCUUGAGUGGCCCAGCCAGAGCCCGGACUUGAACCUGAUUGAACAUCUCUGGAGAAUCCUGAAAAUAGCUAUGCAGCGACGCUCCCCAUCCAACCUGACAGAGCUUGAGAGGAUCUGCGGAGAAGAAUGGGAGAAACUCCCCAAAUACAGGUGUGCCAAGCUUGUAGCGUCAUACCCAAGAAUAAUCGAGGCUGUAUUCGCUGCCAAAGGUGCUUCAACAAAGUACUGAGUAAAGGGUCUGAAUACUUAUGUAAAUGUGAAAUUUCCGUUUUUAUAUUUUUAAUUAUGUCUAAAAACCUGUUUUUGCUUUGCCAUUAUGGGGUAUUGUGUUUAGAUUGAUGAGGGGGAAAAAUGUAUUUCAUCCAUUUUAGAAUAAGGCUGAAACAUAACAAAAUGUGUAAAAAGUCAAGGGGUCUGAAUACUUUUCGAAUGCACUGUAUAUGAAAUAGACAUAUGAAGAUGGACUUUGCAACAUUUUGCUCAUUUCAGUGUCUUACAAAUAUCUCUCAAAUGUAAGUUAAGGCUCAUAAAUGCAUACAAGCAGCUUGUCAGAGUGAUGUGUCCAGGAUAACGGUGUCCUUUCAUAAUCUCGGGGUGCUCAGUAAUCGGUGAAGUAGUAGUGUUGAAAUUAACCCUAGAUGCUGAUCUUGGAUCAGAUUUGCAUUGCCCCUACUAAUGGUUAUGUUUGGGGGAGGGGAAGCUGAUCCUAGAUCUGUACCUAGGGGAAACCUGACUCCGGAGCAUAGUAAGGCGUGAUUAGGACAGGAGAGAUGGGUUCAUGUUUAGCCGUUUCUGACCCAGUUGGUGUGGCUAGUGAUAAACACCAUCCAGUCAUUGGACUUAAACUUAUUUAGGUGGGAAUGAACUAGGACUGCACGAUUUCGACAAAACAAUCUAAUUUCAAUAUUUUCACCAAAUAUUGCUAUUUCUAUUAAGACUUCCGAUUUUUACUUACCGGUACUUUACUGCAGUCAUUAGCCUACCAACAUUACUACUACUACAGAGCUUUUUAAACCCCAUGACAACUUAUUUCACAACAGUACUUCAAGACAAGAAAGCACACACAUUUCCUUUAGGUUGUUUUAUUCACAUUUUAGUUAUUUCAUUCAGAACAUGCCGUUGCUCAAACAUUCUGAUCUACACCACCACUGGUACCAGUCUGUAUUUGCUAGCUAACGUUUGUGAGCUAGCCGUAUUGCUUUAGCUCAGUGUAAUUAGCAUUAGCGACUAGAUACAGCUUGCUAAGAAAAUACUAACUAAACUAACAAGCUCUUUGCAGAGAGUAAUACCUAUUUCAGACAGAAUUGACGAUAUCUUACCUGUAAAAUAAUUUGGCCAAUGUUUAUAUGACCCCCUUUCGAACAGUCCCAUUUUUACCACUUUCUUGCAGGCAUAUGCCUUUUAUACAUCACCGUGUGCAGAUGUGGGUGGGCGUCCAUUUUAAUAAAUCCAUUGAAUGUACACAAUCACAAAGAAAUCCAUUAUUGUUUAAUUAUGUUACUGGGGGAAAUGACUGGUGAAAUUAUCAAGCGAUAAACAAAUGGAGAGAAUAAAUGCCAAAGCAUUACUGUGAAGCUUUGUGAUUGGUUGACAAGUGAGCAUCGUCCCAAAGCCUGGAAAUGUUUUUACAGCUCGAUUUACACAGAGCCAUAUGACGGAACAUUUAAACAUAUUAGCACCAUAAUCAUGUCUAGGUCUGUUUGCGGAUUGUUCCAGACUUCACCUUUCAGAUAUAAAGAUAAGGCAGUAUAAAGAAGACGGUAUGGUAAAGUUUGGCAGGAUUUUUUCUGGGUAGGAAAGGGAUAUAAGAUACACAAACUAAUAGUAGAAAACAUGUAGAUGCAUUGUUUUCACCAACAUUGGAAAAAUCUGUUUGCUGUACCGCAUACAUUAAUAUAAGGACAUCAUGCAGACAUUGUGAAUCAAAUUUUGAACAGUCAGGUUCUGCACUACCUGCUUGAGUGACCGGGGGGCGGAGGGGCUUGGUGUGUGUUGGAAGUGGGUGCAGGAGGACCAAGAGAGAGACUGCUCGAUCAUCUAAAAACAUCCUAAGUAACAAGUGGUCCUCUGUAGCUCAGCUGGUAGAGCAUGGUGCUUGUAACGCCAAGGUAGUGGGUUCGAUCCCCGGGACCACCCAUACACAUAAAUGUAUGCACGCAUGACUGUAAGUCGCUUUGGAUAAAAGCGUCUGCUAAAUGGCAUUAUUAUUAUUAUUAUUAUUAUUAUUAUUAACAACGAGUAAACUAUAAAAACAGAUGUUGCACGCGGCUGAGUGCAUUUAAUAAUAUCUUGCGAUAUGGAUAUUGCACAUGUCAAUAUCACAAUUUCAAUCUAAAUUGGAUUAUUCAUGCAGCCCUACAAUGAACCAGGUGUAGAAGGUACACAUUAGCUUUCAUCCACUCAUCUAUUUUGCUUCUAAGCCAAUUGAAAGGGGAGUCUACCAUGGCUUUUUUUAUAUAUAUAUAUUUUACCUAUAUUUAACUAGGCAAGUCAGUUAAGAACAAAUUCUUAUUUACAAUGACGGCCUCACCGGCCAAACCCGGACGACGAUGGGUCAAUUGUGCGCCGCCCUAUGGGACUCCCAAUCACGUCCGGUUGUGAUACAGCCUGGAAUCGAACCAAUGAUGUUGGGGAAACAGAAAUGUGCUACAAAUAACACAUACAAUUUGUCAGGAAAUUGCCAGAAAGGCUUUUAGUUAGGAAAAUUUAAAAGUUUUUGUUGUAUAUUUAAUGCAAUGUUCUUUUAUUUGGGUACAGGUCACAAUGGAUCCCAGGCAGGCCAGAUGGACUACUCUAAAGCAUGGGAGCAGUAUUAUAAAAAGCUAGGCAAGUGUUCUGAGGCAGUACAAACCCUGUCAUACCCACAUGACUUUUUGAACAAUUGCAAUAUUCUGAGUUUUGCCAUACGUUUAGUGCCACUGCAGCAAAGCUUGAGGUUCAGCAUUUGGCGCAGUAUAUUCCCAGUAGUUGACAUUGCAGAUAACGCAAUGAUUAUAAUUCUCCAUGUCCACCGUUGUGUAAUGGCCCAUUCUGUGUUUGCAGACCAAAAGACCCAAGCUCAGAGUAUUGUCCAUGACUACAGCAACGCAUGGGAGGAUUGUUAUAAGAAACAGAGUAGUCUCAUUCAUUUUGUCAGUUGUCUUUAGACAUAGUCAAGAGUGCAAUUUCGAUUGUGAUAGCGAUAUUGGAUUCUGUUUUCUCACAAUGUGUAUACGCUUGUGUCCCAAAAGGUCAGACAUCUCAGCAGCAGAGCUCACUCCCAGAAUACAGUGCAGCUAUGGCAGAAUAUUACAGGCAGCAGGGAGCGUACCUCUGGCCGGGUGCACAGGCAACCCAGGGCCCAGGUCUUCAGGUAAUGUACAACACUGCUAAACUUAUACUCACAAUGGCUCUAAACAGCUCUCUCUAUUUCUGCCUCUAUACAGCUCUCUAUGUCUUUAAACAAGCUCUGUCUCUAAACAGCUCUGUCUCUGGCUCUAAACAACUCUGCCUCUAAACUUAUGUCUCUAAUCAGCUCUGUUUCUGCCUCUAAACAGCUGCCUCAAAACAGCUCUGUCUCUGCCUUCAAACAGCUCUGUUUCUGCCUCAAGACAGCUCUCUCUGCCUCUUAGAAGUGCUGGCCUAUGAAUAGCUCUGCCGCUAAACAGCCCUCUUUUUAUAUACACUGAGUGUACAAAACAUUAAGAACACCUUCCUAAUAUUGAGUUGCACCCCCUCCUCCCUUUUGCCCUCAGAACAGCCUCAAUUCGUUGGGCAGUAAAGAUAAAAUUAGAAACCGUAGAUUUACGACCAACAAGGUGUCGAAAGCGUUCCACAGAGAAGCUGGCCCAUGUUGACUCCAAUGCUUCCCACAGAUGUAUCAAUUUGGCUGGAUGUCUUUUGGGUGGUGGACCGUUAUUGAUACAAACGGGAAACUGUUAAGCAUGAAAAACCCAGCAACGUUGCAGUUCUUGAUACAAACUGGUGUGCCUGGCACCUACUACCAUACCCCUUUCAAAGGCACUUAAAUCUUUUGUCUUGCCCAUUCACCCUCUGAAUGAUACACAUACACAAUCCAUGUCUCAUUGUCUCAAGGCUUAAAAAUCCUUCUUUAACCUGACUCCUCUCCUUCAUCCACACUGAUUGAAGUGGAUUUAACAAGUGACAUCAAUAAGGGAUCAUAGAUGUUCUUAAUGUUUUGUACACUCAGCGUAUGUUAAAACUAUUACUGCUAAGUCUUGAAAGGUUUACAUGCAUGUGUGUAUUGGGAUGUGCUGUUGCAUACAUGGUAAACUACAUAACAUUUUCCUUUUUGUAAUAUCUUCCAGGAGCAUUAGAGUGGACACCAUCUAAUUAUGAUUUUGGAAUCAUUGAGACGAAAAGAGAACUAUUAACAGUACUAUUGAGGUUUCUAAAGUAUAUUUUCAACACUUUGCGGCGUACCUUUCCUUUUUGUAAUGCACUCGCUGUAGAAUAACUUAACCUAAAAACUGAUAUUUAACCGGGCAAUUUUGGGAUACACUCUCGUAUAUACGUUUAUUUUUUAUUUUAUUUAAAAGUAUCGCUGUGUCUUUGAACAAGAUGUAGUAUAAUCUAUUUUGUCUCGUUUUUUUGCAAUAAAAUGGUAUUGGUUUAGCAGUCUUGAGGAUUGAGUAUAAUGACAGUUUUGUUUUUGUGAACAAGCAUGUGUUUGCUUAUUGAUUUGUGUUUUUACAUAGAACAUUUUUUAUGUUGAGAUGAUAUGUAAUGUGUUAUUGUUGGAAAAAAGUUUUUCUUUUGUACUAAAUUCCUGGUAUGGUAUCUGUAAUUUCUUAUUUCAUCCUGUUAUUCUUCUGUGUCAUUGUUUUGUUUUCUGUUCAGGAAUGUGUAAUAUCUCAUUUAGGUUUUGAACAAAUAUGCUGAUAAAUGAGUUAUUAUUCCUACAUUAGACAUCCUAGUUUUAAACCUAAGUGUAAUAAAUGCUUAUCAAAAUGAUCUGUUAGAGAGAAGGGAUAUUAUGAGUUUGAUUUAAUCUUGUUAUUUAUGUUGAAAUAAGGAUUGUUUGUGUAAUGUUCACAUGGAUGCUCUCCCAAUUUUAUAUAUUCACUGCUAAUAUGGUAAAUAUGUUGUUUUGAAAUUUGAUGUGGCUAUCUCUCACCCAAGUGCAAAUAUAAACCCAGUAUGUCUUCGGUGCUCAAGACUGCUAAGCCACUUUCAUUCUACCUGUUAAAAAUAUUUGUUUUUGUAUGGCAAAUGUAAGUGUGAUUUUAUUUAUUUUUUUGUUCCCCCUAGCUUACACAAUAUCCCAACCAGUACACUUUGUUUCUCGCUAACAUUAUUGUUUUUGUGUGAGCAAGAAUGUAUGCUAUGAUUCGUUACAUGAUUACUCCCUACAACUUUUUCUAAUGACAAGGCAUACUAUAACCUACGAUUGUUUUGAAAAUUUUCUCAUAUGCACAGAUAACCUUGUAUUUAAAAGUCAAUAAUAAUUUUUAUUUUUGGGGCAGUUGAUACCAUUUGGGCUAUUGUAAAGCACGUUCCUGUUUUUAGAUGUUUACUGCCUUUUCAAUGGCAAAUUAGUUUAACUGCAGUUACCCAUAGAGCCAUAUCACUGGACUAACAAGUUAAUAUUUCUGUAGUAUACAGUGUAAUUU